UAACCCAACAGGAAAAGACGCCGCCACCUAGGACUAACCUGCUGGAAGCAGGAAUCGAAGGCUGUGAGGAGCCAAAGCAGCAAGUGUCCUGGGAACAGGAGUUCCUGGUGGGGAACAGCCCAGGAGGCAGUGGACGGGCGCUGUGCAUGGUGUGUGGGGCUGAGAUCCGGUUCCCAUCAGCAGAUACUGCUCGCACACACAUUCUGGAGCAGCAUCCCCAUACCCUGGACCUGAGCCCCUCUGAGAAGAACAACAUCUUGGAAGCCUGGAGUGAAGGGGUGGCCCUUCUGCAAGACAUCCAAGCUGACCAGCCAUCCCUGCCCAGCCUAGAGUCAGGCCAGGAUGGCCAGCCAGACCCCAACUCCAACCCGGAUCCUGCCAGGAUGCCAGCUGAGAUCGUGGUUCUCUUGGACUCUGAGGACAACCCAUCCCUCCCUAAGAGGCUCCGGCCCAGAGGACUCCGCCCCCUUGAUCUGCCUGUUGCCCCUGUCACAGAGCCAGGAAAUAAAAAGCCCCGUGGUCAGAGAUGGAAGGAGUCCCCUGAGGAGGAGCCUGCUAGAAAGAAGAGAAGCAGGCAUAUGACCAAAAACCUGGACCCUGACCCAGACCCCCCAUCUCCCGAGUCACCCACAGAGACGUUUGCAGCACCAACCGAAGUCCGACACUUCACUGAUGGCAGCUUCCCUCCUGGCUUUGUCCUCCAGCUCUUCUCCCACACGCAGCUCAGGACCACAGACAGUAAGGACUCUUCUAAAGACAGCAAAGCAGCAGAUGGCCUGCCUCAACCAGAAAGUCCCUCUUCAGCUCCCCCUCCGGGGCUUCGUGGGACACUGGAUCUCCAGGUUAUCCGUGUUCGGAUGGAGGAGCCACCAGCUGUCAGCCUCUUACAGGACUGGUCCAAGCAUCCCCAGGGCACCAAGGGGGUGGGAACAGGUGACAACCCAGACUGGCCCACAGUUCUGUCAGAAUCCAGUUCCACUGUUAAGGGACAACCAGAAGCAGGAAAUGGGGUGUAACUUUUAACUUUCCUGGGGAGGGGGGGUGGGAGGAAGGAAAGGUGGGAGGGAGGCAGCAGUAUCCCCCUUUGGCUUAAAUCUCAGAUCUGCCCAGCUUGGCCACCUGAUGGAGAGUUUUAAAACCAGGUGCCAGGAGAAUGUGGAAGGAGGGAGAGUGAUAUCACUGUCACAUUGGGGCACUAGAAGAUGCUUGCCCAUGGCAUAGCCUGAACUAGGCAGAAGUGACUUAGGCUGUUGGGCGAUGUGGCAUUGGGCCUGUGGAGAACACCUUCCCCAAUCCUUCGCUGACCCACCCUCUAACCCCACACCUCCUUCCUCUCAGCCCCCCACCAUUCUCCCCUGGCACAGUGCCUUAUGCAGAGGUGGUCAUGAUGGGGUUUGAACUGAGUCCCACUACCUCGGGGGACACCUCUCCUCCCCCACUUCUGGCUCCUACAGCAGGAGGCAUCCAUUACCUCUUACCGCCUCAUCCCUGCCGAGGGCUCCCUGUACCACCCCUUCACCUGUUGUCCUGUUGCAUCUAUUAUCCUGUUGUAUAUAUUGCCUUUGUUGACAAUAAAUUAUUUUUUUUUUAUUAAAA